AUGCCGGCCAGCGGCAGCAGCGACAGUGUGGCCGACAUGAUGGCCAAGGCGGUCACGACCUCUGGCGACUUCUACGGUGGGCGCAACAGGGUGCAGGGCAUCCAAGACCGCAAGGACGCUGUUCGAGAGAAGCGCCGUGAGCAGAAGAACACGCUGUCGCAGUGGUACGGCAUGAAGAAGAAGCCGCUCAGCGAGGACCAGAAGCAAGAGAUUGAGCUACUCAAGUACCGCAACUUUGUGGACCCAGAGCGUCAGCACCAGGCACCCAAGAAGGCAGCCGGCGUAGGGGAGAGCGAGUUCAUGGAGUUCGGAUACUUUGCCGAUGUGGGGCGCAACAAACGUCGACGCUACAAGUCUUUCGCGGAUGAGUGGAUUGAAGAGAAUCCGCAGUUCGAAGGGGUGGUCGCUACACGUAUCAAGCGCAACACGAAGGCGAAUCAAAAGUCGAAGGCGGCCGCAGCGAAGAAGGCGGCGGUCGAGGCGGCCAAGGCGAAGGAGAAGCGCGUCUCGAAGCGCAAGUCCAAGCACGACGUGUUCUAG